UACUAAAAUUAGAAGUAUCCCUGAAAAAUUAUGGGUACGCAACUCUGAAUUGCUGUAAUGAUACAAAAAAAAUAUCAGUGAAAUUCAUUAUCAUAAUUUUGUCCAAUUUGCUUACUUGCUGGGAAUAAUAGAUCAAAAAGCAAGAAUUUGAAAAAGAUGAUUCGUUUUAUUCUAAUACAAAAUCGUGCUGGCAAGACGCGUUUAGCCAAGUGGUAUAUGAAUUUUGAUGAUGACGAAAAGCAAAAACUGAUUGAAGAGGUUCAUGCAGUGGUGACUGUAAGAGAUGCAAAGCAUACCAACUUUGUGGAGUUUCGAAACUUUAAGAUUGUGUACCGCCGCUAUGCCGGUCUUUAUUUCUGCAUAUGCGUUGAUGUCAACGACAAUAACCUGUGUUAUCUUGAAGCGAUACACAAUUUCGUAGAAGUUCUAAAUGAAUAUUUUCAUAAUGUAUGUGAGCUGGAUCUAGUCUUCAACUUCUACAAAGUGUACACGGUAGUCGACGAAAUGUUUUUAGCUGGAGAGAUACGCGAAACAUCACAAACAAAGGUGCUCAAGCAGUUAUUGACGCUCAAUUCGUUGGAAUAAACUUUUGCUGCCAUCUAUGCAUUCCAUUUAUAUGUGUAUAUGUAUUUCGAAGCAUUAAUACGUUGCAAGCGCCAUGCCAAUCCCAUGGCAGGUCUAGUAUUGCAGUUUUUGAUGGUCGAUCCAUCAUAUUUCGAAUUUUCAUUUUAAUUCUCUUCCAUUAUGUUAAUAUAUAAUUCUCAGCUUGAUUACAUAUAUGACUAUAUAAGAAAAGUAAUUAGUAUUUGUUAAAGUGCUUGUAAAGUUAUUGUAGAAAUAAGUGAAUGUGUAUUACCUAUAUAAUCACACUCAAAAUCACGCUGAUAUUCAAAUAAAUAAUUAUAUGUAAUAUAUGUGCGCAAAUGGCGUAUAUUUAAAACUACGUUAAUCCAA